AUGUGUAGAUCCCCAGCUCCUGAGUCCGAGUCCAAGAAGGCUGCUAUUGCGGCGCAAGAAGCAAGUGUCGAGAAGUACAUGCCAGGAAGCAGCACGGCGUUGGGGCUCUUUUUGUAUCGCUGGAGGAGCUUGCUAUGUUGCGUGCACUAUCUGGCGCGGCAGCCUCUCACGGCGGACUGCGUCGUGCUUCUCGUACGCUUUGCAACCAUCCUGAAGAGUUUGGCUAACUGCAUCAGUCCAGGGGAGGACGUGCUGAGAACCAAAAGGGAGAUGAAAAGGGCCCCUUUAAAGGCCUUCCGGCGCGAGGUGGACAUGCACGACCAGCUGGCCGAGAACAACGAAGCGCAGAGGGCCAGCGAAAGACUGGCCAGUGAGCUGCAGUGGCUCACAAAGCAGGUGGAGAGAGAAGGACACCACCGCCUACAAGAGAAGACCAGCGAGAUGCUCAAGACGCUGGAAGCCGAAAUAGCGCCCUCGCUGCAAAAGCAGGCGCGGCAAAUUACCACCGAGCUCCAGGCUUCGGACAUCGGGGAGGUGGAUGAGAACGCCGGAAAGUCGGAGUACAAGGAGAUGGCGCCUCGCAAUGUCAACUUGAAGGAGCUCUCGGAGCGUCUCGGCCUCUUCCGCGGUCUGGACCUCUAUGGCGCGGUGGGCGAGACCAUGAAAACCCCGGUGGUCGAAGUGAAGACGGACGAGUCUGCCGCCUUCGACUCCAUGUUACCUCUUGUUCCGGAUGAGGAGACCUCCGAGAUGACGGUUCAGUGCGAGUCGGCGCAGGCCAUGUCAAGCGUCGAAAAGUUCGUCUCCACCUGGGGCACAUCAUCCUUCGACAGCAGUCGGAGUGAGCUGAACGCUGCCAUCAGCGCGUCAGCUCUGGGUGCGGACUUCGAGUUUGGCGGGUCCUACAGCAAAGACAAGAGCAAAGCUCGAAGCCAGACGAAGAAGGACUCGAAAACUCAGGAACAGACCAGGGAGACCAAGACCUUCGAGAAGGUCCGGUACUUCAGCGAGCCCAGAGCAUUGGUCAAGAUUCCUCCAGAGAUGCUGGAGCCCACCGAGGCGUUUCGGGAUGCGUUGCGGGAAGCCUCGGACGAGAUGGUGGAAUUCAAUGCCGGGCUGCCUUUCAAAGAUCCCGAGGCCAUGAGGCCCGCACGAGAUGACGCGGAUCGAAUCGCAAAAGCGAAACGAUAUGAGGCCUGGACGGAAGGCGAGAAGAAGAAGGCAUAUCCUGGACUGGUGGCGCCCCUGCUCGCUGAGUUUGGCUCCCACGUCUGCACGAAUGUCCUCCUGGGCGGCUACUGGAAGAUUAAAGCCAAGUUCUCAAGCGACUCGAAAAUCUCCGUGAACCAAAUCUCGUCGAUGGCUACAGAGGCCAUUGAGGAGGCCGCAUCCUCGAGCAAAAGCCUCGCUGGCAGCGCCUCGGUGGGCAAAGGCAUCGCAGGACAGAUCAUGAAGUACAUGGGCGUCCCGACCGGGAGCUUCUCUGCGCAGUACGGCAGGGCCAAGCUCCAUCAAAACUCCGAAUCCCACGCCGAAGCAUCGAGCACGGACGAGUCGACCAGCGAGCAGAGCUCGGUCAUGGACGUCAUGCAGGAGUGGAAGGGUGGAAUCAGCGGGGCUCCGGCUGCAGAGUGGCGCGAGAGCUUGCGCGACAGCGAGAACUGGAAGUUGAUUGAUCGCUUCGUGGAUCAGUGCUUCGGCAUCUGGGAGUGGAUUGACGAGAGCUAUCACGUGGACCUCCCGAAUGCCAUGAAAUCGGCCUGGGCCGACAAGUUCGUGGACAGCCUUGAUUGGGGCAUGAAGGAUGAGGCCAAAGAGGACAUCAAGAAGGCUUUGUCCAGCCACUACGAGGGCAGCCUCUUCGUUCACCUUCAGCAUGCAUGCAACAAGUUGAGUGGCGUGCUGAGCAAGAGGACACGGCGCUGCGUCACCUUCGAGGCCGGGUCAUGGAAACUCCUCGGCUACAUGCCCCUGGCGCGGCCCUUCGAGGAGCUGCGCCUCCACGCCUUCGCCUAUGCGGGCUGCAAGCAGCAAGCCGAAGGCUUCUCUGCGGGCUUGGCCGAGGGCUUCCUCUUCAGCGACACAGAUGAGGUGGAAAAGGAUCCUCCCCCGUCUAGCGAUGACUGGAGCGUCAAGGCCUGGACGACAUGGUGGGGACGCCUCUGGGGAUCUGGCAAGAAGCUGCACUACGGUAAGGUAGAGCAGAACAAGAUGACGACCUUCGCCAUGAGGUGUCUACGUGGGACUGGCAUGAAGCAGUUCCCGAAAGAGAGGAUAUCGAUACAAGCCGAGAAUCUGACGAGGGCCUUUGAGGUCUAUACCGAGGCUCAAACUGCGUGUCACAACCGAAACUACGCGGCGGGCCUCUCUCUGGGAGAUCUGGGGCUACUUUGCUUCGAGCCCGAGAUUGUGCACUUCGAGUACAUGCUCCUGAACCACGUGCCGAACUCACCGAACAUGACCUGGCUCGCCUUGGAAGCAGCGAACUGGUGCAGAAGCAAAACCUGGGACACCGGCUUCCCGACAGAAUUCCACGAGAGCCUGGAUGGACAUACUCAGAAUCGCGAAGUGGCAAACACUGCCGUGCUGAACAUGGCCUGUCUUGGCUUGAAGCUCCCGCCUGAGAUUCAGAUGGCGAAUCGCAAGCGCCGGAGAUUCGAAGUUACAACAUCGACGACAAGCACAACGACAACGACAACAACUACCACGAGCACUACAACCACUACAACUACGACGACAACAACCACAACAACCACAACCACCAGCAGCACCACCACUACUACGACCACCACUACGACCCCCGCUACGACCACCACCACUACCACGACCACUACGACUUCCACCAGAAUCACAACCACAACGAAAACACACUCUGACUAUUAUCGGAGGCGCGUCCCAGUUUCGCAGACCGACCGGCGGCGCACGCGGCGGCGGCGCCGGCGAUGA